AUGGUGCAAGCGUUGUCUCCCGGCGAACUACCGGAAGAGCAUAGGCAACCGGAGAAAUCGGACGAGUGGCAGCAGAAUCUGAACGUGAGGUUGAUUUGCCGCGAAUGUAGAGAUGAUCCCCCGUGGCUCGUGGAAGACCACGCAAGUGGCGACAUGGUGUGUGGCGAAUGUGGCCUGGUCUUGCAGGAGCGCUCCAUCGAUCAGAGCUCGGAGUGGCGUACCUUCUCCAACGAUGAUCAGGGGAACGAUGACCCGUCGCGUGUGGGAGAUGGCCCAAACUCGUUGCUGAACGGCGCUCAGCUCAACACCAACAUUGCUUUCGGUGACGGUGGCAUGCGCAGCAACGAUCUGUAUCGUGCGAACAACAAGUCCAACGUGGACAAGGGCAACAAGCAACUCCUGCAAGCAUACAAGCAAAUCGGAGCUCUCUGCGAGGGUUGGCAGCUGACCCCAUCCGUGGUGGACACCGCCAAGCACCUCUACAAAGACGCCGACGAAAGUCGAUUGUUCAAGGGCAAGAGCCAAGAAGCUCUCAUUGCUGGCUGCGUCUUCCUGGCCUGCCGCCGCAACAACGUCCCCCGGUCGUUCCGCGAAGUGAUGGAGUUGACCAAGGUCAGCAAGAAGGAAAUCGGCCGUACGUUCAAGCUGCUCGAGAAUUUCUUGAUGAAGCGCGAGAAGGUGCGAGAGGGCCAAACGUCGAUGCUGGCAGGCGGUGUUGUGGUCGCACUCGACACCUACAAAGGCAGCGGGACUGCCGACCCGGGCGAUCUUUGCGCACGAUACUGCAGCAUGCUCGACAUGGAUCAGAAGGCCGCCAACGUGGCUACGCUGCUCGCAGCCAAAACGAACACAACUGGAUCACUGGCCGGUCGCUCUCCGCUGUCCACUGCCGCCGCAUGCAUCUUCAUGGCCGGGCACCUUAUGGGCCAGCCCAAGACUGCCAAGGAGAUCCAGGCGGUGGCGGGCGUGAGCGACAGCACGAUCCGCCACGCGUACAAGCUGAUGUGGAACGACAAGGAGAAGAUCAUCACCGAGGAGAUUCUGAGCCGCGGUGCCGAUCCCGUGAAGCUGCCCCGACCUUCCUAG